CCCAGCAGCUGGAGCGGCAGCGAGAGUCCUGCCGAAGACAUCGAAAGAAUGAGUGACUCUGCAGAUAAACCUAUUGACAACGAUGCAGAAGGUGUCUGGAGCCCUGACAUUGAGCAGAGCUUUCAGGAGGCUCUAGCUAUCUAUCCACCAUGUGGGAGGAGGAAAAUCAUCUUAUCAGAUGAAGGCAAAAUGUAUGGUAGGAAUGAAUUGAUAGCCAGAUACAUCAAACUUAGAACAGGGAAGACACGGACCAGGAAGCAGGUGUCUAGUCACAUUCAGGUUCUUGCCAGAAGGAAAUCUCGUGAUUUUCAUUCCAAGCUGAAGGUAACAAGCAUGGAUCAGACAGCAAAGGACAAAGCACUCCAGCACAUGGCAGCAAUGUCAUCAGCUCAGAUAGUCUCAGCUACUGCUAUUCACAACAAGCUGGGCCUGCCAGGAAUUCCCCGUCCUACAUUUCCUGGGGCACCUGGGUUUUGGCCGGGCAUGAUUCAAACGGGGCAGCCUGGAUCCUCGCAAGAUGUGAAGGCCUAUCCCAUACAGCCAUCAGUCACAGCUCCCAUUUCAGGAUUUGAGCCUGCAUCAGCUCCAGCUCCCUCAGUCCCUGCGUGGCAGGGCCGAUCCAUUGGUACGACCAAGCUCAGGCUGGUGGAGUUUUCAGCUUUCCUUGAACAGCAGAGGGAUCCUGAAUCAUACAAUAAACACCUCUUCGUACACAUUGGACACGCUAACCAUUCUUACAGUGACCCGUUGCUCGAGUCGGUGGACAUUCGUCAGAUUUAUGACAAAUUUCCUGAAAAGAAGGGCGGUCUAAAGGAGCUCUUUGGGAAGGGGCCUCAAAAUGCUUUCUUCCUCGUAAAAUUCUGGGCUGACUUAAACUGCAACAUCCAGGAUGACACAGGAGCAUUUUACGGAGUCACUAGUCAGUACGAGAGCUCGGAAAACAUGACAAUCACCUGUUCCACCAAAGUCUGCUCGUUUGGAAAGCAAGUAGUAGAAAAAGUAGAGACUGAAUAUGCAAGGUUUGAGAACGGCCGUUUCGUGUACAGGAUAAAUCGCUCUCCCAUGUGUGAAUACAUGAUCAACUUCAUACACAAGCUGAAGCAUCUACCAGAGAAAUACAUGAUGAACAGUGUCUUGGAAAACUUUACAAUUUUAUUGGUGGUAACAAACAGGGAUACACAAGAAACCCUGCUCUGCAUGGCUUGUGUAUUCGAAGUGUCAAACAGUGAACACGGAGCACAGCAUCACAUCUACAGGCUUGUAAAGGACUGA